CAUCGUUGGUCAACAUGGCGUCGGGGUUAUACAUGUUAAGUCGAGGUGCUCUAACUUCAGGAAUCCACUGCCAGCGUGCAUGUAGAAACCUUUUACUGCCGCAGGUCAGGGGGAAGAAGCGAUGGAUGAAAGCGUACACGUUCCUCAUGGCGAAGAAGCUGAAGCUUGAAGGGCCUCCGCCUCCGAAGCCUCGGUCUCAACAGCCUCACUUUGAUUACCAUGCUGAGGUUCAGGCUUUCAGCACCCGCCUCCACGAGAACUUCUCUCUGGAGCUCCUCAAAGCGGCCUUCAUCAAUCCCUGUUAUGUCCGAGUGGAGCAGGAGAGAAGGACGGCAUUGGGGGUGGACUCUGAGGUCACCGCUCUCGUCCUGAAAGAUAACACUGAGCUGAGUAAAAAAGGAGCGGAGUUCACCAAAGACUUCCUGACCGACUGGUGCAGGGCGAGCUUCCCGAGCUUGCCAAGUGAGGGAUUGGCGAGCAUUGUGGGUCACCUCACUGGUCCUGAAGUUGUUACUCAUGUCGCGAGAAACCUUGGUGUUGAAGAUCUAACGAUGAGCGCAGAGUUCCCUGUUCCUGAUGACGUGCUGCAGUCUACGUUCAUGGCAGUGAUUGGAGCGCUGCAGGAAAGCAGCGGUGCAGAGACUGCUGGAUUUUUCCUCAGGGAUUUCUUGGUUGCUCAGCUGAUAGGAAAGGACCUGUUUGAUAUGUGGACUGUGGUCAAUCCCAUGGGGCUUCUGGUGGAGGAGCUCACCAAGAGGAACAUUGCUUUGCCCGAGCCUCGCCUCAUUAGGUCUGCUGGAGCCAGUACUGUCCUCCCACUGUACUUUGUGGGCUUGUAUAGUGACAAGAAGCUUCUGGCUCAGGGUCCAGGAGAGACGAUUGCAGCAGCUGAGGAGGAAGCAGCCCGCGUGGCCCUCCGGAAACUUUUCGGCUACACGGAGAACCGCACACCGUCUGACUUCUCUCCGCCUCAGCAGCAGCAUCAGCAGCCAAGGAUUCAAUCUGUCAGCAGCAACUAACCAAGUUAUAGCUCCUCUACUGCUUCAUGAGAUCAUUCAAACAAGGUGUAUUUAAUGGGACUCCUAUUUGAGUACUGUAUAGAGCUCG